UAACCUCAAAUUUACUCGAUAGUUUAAACUGUCAUGCCAAUAAAUUUAAAAAAGUUUUAAAUAUAUAUUUAAUGCCCAGGGAAAUUAUUAGCAUAACUGUAUUAUUAAUUACAGCUUUUAUGCUCCGACGAGCAUUAACGUUAACACAAAAUCUUAAUAAUACGAGAACAAUGUCAAGUUACAUUUCUGGCACUCAUUCCAUAGCGUAUGUCACAGUGCCUACGCAAGAAAUUGCCAAAAGAAUAGCCAAAGACUUAGUUCAGGAGAAACUAGCUGCUUGCGUCAACAUAAUACCGAACAUAAUCUCCAUUUACUCCUGGCAAGGCAAAAUGGAGGAGGAUUCUGAACUUCUAAUGAUGAUCAAGACACAAACGAACAAAAUCCCUGAACUUACAGCAUUUGUUAAAAAGAAUCACCCAUAUGAAGUCUGCGAAGUGAUUAGUGUUAAAAUAGACAAUGGGAACGAUCCUUACUUGCAAUGGAUCACUAACAGCCUUAAGAAGUAAAAUGAAAUAUUAUUUAAUAAUUAU